AUGAUUUUUAUUUUUAUUGUUUUCUUUUCCGCCUUCCGGAUAUCCGGAAUACACGCGGAAGCCAACAAAUGUUAUCAAUGUGCUAGUGAGAAUUUGAAAGAGGAUUGGGCUGCUACUGGUCUACCGUAUUAUCCCACGAAUUUGCAGUUCUAUGCGGAGUGAGUUGGGAAAAUUCCACGUUUUUUGACACCCCACAUGACCUACUUUGAAAAUAUGACCUUAAUAGGGCCUUAGCUAGGGUUCAAAUAUUUUUCAAGGAAAACUAGGUAGAUUUUCCGAUUCCUCGUGAAAUUCCACGUUUUUUGACACCCCACACGGCCUAUUUUCAAUUGAAAAGCCUUAAGCCCCCUAAGGCCCCUAAUAAGGCCCUUAACCUAAAGUAUAUACAUAUGGGUGUCUAAAAACUCCAAAUUUCCCCAGGAAUCUGAAAAUCACCACUAGAACUUCUGAAAAUUCCCAGAAAAUCUAAAAUUUUCCAGUUGUCACAGCCCUACAAUUGCCGCCACAAAAUUGACCGAUGUUUGUGCCAGUUCAUGUUUCGAGCUUCUUUUGCCGAUUAGUGAGUUUCUCUAGCUGUCUGAUUCUAGCUUACUCUCUGCGUCUCUAACCAUCCAAUUUCUCUAGCUUCUCUAACUCUCUGCAUCAUACUCUGGUCGUCUGACUCUAGCUUCUCUAACCUAUUUUUAUCUAUAGUGUUUCCCACUGUGUCUCUAACCUCUCUGACAUUUACUAGCUUCUCUAACACUCUCUAGCUGUCUGACUCUAGCUUACUCUCUGCGUCUCUAACCUCUCUGGGGUCCCUACCCUUUCUAACAGUUAUUUCUCUGCGUCUCUAACCUCCUCUCUUUCUCUAGCUUCUCUAACCCUUUUCCAGAAUCCACGUAUGCAAUUCUACGCGGUUGCCACGCGGAUUUCACGUGGCCCGAAUUCGUCGUCAACGGAAACGACUCGCAUUCCUGUGAAUACAACAAAAUCGAGGAUUACGGUAGCCAGGGUGUCACACUUUUUGGCACCGAAGAAACUGCCAAAACCGCAUAUGUGAGUACGCGGAAAGCGACGCGGAAUGCGGAAAACUUGAAAUUUUGCAGGCUGCAAUGGGUUUUUGCAAAAAAGCGACGUCUGACGAGUCGACCAUACCGUGCAAUUCGAAAAUCACAAAAGCCGCCAUUUUGGAAGAGGGAAUUGAUAGCUGCAAGACUGGUAGGCGGGCUUUUUGGGCUGGAAUUGGGCCUGGGCUCUAAAUAAGCCUGAUUUCUGGAUUCUCUGUGAAAUUCUGCGUUUUUAGACACCCCACACGGCCUAUUUUCAAAUUGAAGGCCCUUAGUAAGGCCUUAGGGACCUUAAUAAGGCUUUAGUCAUUUUUUCUAUGAAAACCAGGUCGAUUUUCGAGUUCAGCGUGGAAUUCCGGUUCUCCAGACACCAUACACGGCCUAUUUUCAACUUGAAAGCCUUAAGGCCCCCUAAGGCCCCUAAUAAGGCCCUAAACCCAAAGUAUACACAUAUGGGUGUCUAAAAACUCGAAAUUUCACGAGGAUUUCGAAAAUUCAUAUUAGAACCCAUGAAUGUCUUAAAAUUUCGGGGUUUUGUCUGGAAAUCUUCAAAAAAUUUCGAAAAAAUUCAUUUUUCACCCAGAAAAAAGGUCCAGGCCUAGAAAAUUCCGAAAUUUCCAAAAAAAUCAAUAAAUUUCUCUACAGGAUCAUCAACAAAGUGCAAAAAAUGCGAUUAUUAUGAUGGAGAUGGUGGAUGUCUGAGUUCAACUGGAAAUGAAUGUCAAGGAGCCUAUUGUACAAAAGUCCAAGGGGUCCUAAAUAGUGAGUUAGCAAAACUCCCCCAAAAUUUCUAAUUUUCAAGAAAAAAAAAUUUUUUUGGCCGGAAAACACUACAAAUUAUGGGUUAUUAGUGAAAAUAAUUGGUUUUUUGGGGAAAAUUUGUGUAUUUCUCUCGGAGGAGUUUGGAAAAUUGCACUUUUUGUUGUAGAUCACAUUUAUACAUCUCGCGGUUGCUCAGCUUUCAAUCCAUUUACAAAAGACACGUGUUCUUGGACUGCACAAAGCUUUAAUUUGACAACUGGAGCCACACAAAUCGGCCUGCCCUUUAAAGCGACACAGUGUUUUUGUAAAGGUGAGUUGGGAGUUGCCACGUGGAUUUUUGAGCUCAGCGUGGAAUUUGGAAUCGAUUGAUGUAUUAUAAGCCUAUUAAGAGCCUUUGGGAAAGAAUUUCAGAAAUUUGGCUGAAAUUUUCAGACAAAAGUCUGGAAAUUUCUAAGAAUCUCGGAAUUUCAUGGUGAUUUUCGGAUUCCCUGUAGAAUUCCGGUUCGAAAGACAUAUCACAAGCUAUAUUUUGGUGUCAAAAAUUUUGGGCCCUAAUAGGGCCUAAACUAGGCUUCAAGCACUUUUCCAAAAAAAAAUAGCCCCGUUUUUGAGUUCCUUGUGAAAUUCCACGUUUUUAGACACCCCACACGGCCUAUUUUCAACCAAAAAGCCUAGAAGCCCCUUAAGGCCCCUAAUUGGGCCCUAAACCUAAAAUCACCCAAAUAUUAAGAAAAUGGAUGUCUAGAAACUCGAAAUUUCACGAGGAAUCUGAAAAAAAUCACGAGAACCUCUGAAAAUUUCUAGAAAACUCGAAAUCACCCCAAAACUCCCUGAAUUUCCCUGGUUUUCAGUGAAAUUUCCCGGGAUUUUGAGAAAAUCUCGCAAUUUCAUGGUGAUUUUUGAAUUCCCCAUGAAAUUCCACGUCGAAAGACAUAUCAUAAGCGGCGAAAAAUUUUUGAUGUUUUUAAAGGACCCUUGACACUUGGAAAAUUUUUUUUUGCGAAAAAUAAUUGAAAAUGCUCAGAAUUUGAUGGGGAACUCGAAAAUCGCACUUAAAAUUCAAUUUUCUUUGGAAAUUUUGCAAAAAUCCCAAUUUCCCACGCACUUUUAGCUUCUCCUACAAAAAAAGCUCAUUUUUCCCGCCAAAAAACCUUAUAGAACAUUUUUUGCAGGCGAAUUGUGCAACUCUGCUCCACCGAUCUACAGUACCCUAAUUGCCACGUGUUUUUUGGCGGCAAUUUUUCGAAUUUUGUGA